AUGAGUUCUGCAUGCGAGAAGGCAUGCGCUGGGAACGACGUUUGCAGUCAUCCAUGGCAGCUGGGCAUAUGGCUUCUGCAGCAUAUGCCACGUUUGGACAUCUUGCCUGACACGAUUUCUCACAAUGCUGCUAUCAGUGCAUGCGAGAAGGCCGACAUGUGGGAGCAGGCACUUCAAAUAUUUAUGGCGUUGAGGAGUGUUGGCACUCCCACGAUCACAAGCUGCAAUGCCGCGAUUAGUGCUUGCGCACGUGGCUUCUGCUGGGAUGUGGCGCUGUCUCUCUUCGACAUGCAGAAGGAGUUCCGGCUGAAACCAGACUUGAUUUCUUUCAGCUCCCUGAUCAGCGCAUUUGAGAAGGGGCUUCAGUGGCAACGUGCGCUCACAUCUCUGAGUGAACUGGGAUGGCCUUGUUCAGCUCGCGAGGAGAUUCAGCCAGACCUGAUCCUUUGCAAUGCAGUGAUCAGUGCCUGUGAAAAGGGCCGUCAGUGGCAGCAAGCAUUGUGGGUUCUGGAUGGACUGCAUCAGCACGGCCCACCGCCAGAUGUGGUCAGCUAUGCGGCAGCGAUCAGUGCGUGUGUGGAAGGGCAGCAGUGGCGCUGGGCAGUGGGGCUUUAUGCGGACGGAGAACGACGAGGACUUGCGCUCACACUGCCCGCGGCCAGUGCGGCCGUCGCCGCCGCGGCGCACGCCUGGCGCUGGGAGGUGGCCCUCCAUCUGGCUUGGCACAUUCGAGGCGUCUCUGUCCGUGAGUCCGUGUACUUCUGUGGACUCAGUGAAAUACAGACGGGAGGGCUGGAUGCUGGGACGGUCGCGAUGGCGGCCGACUGUUGUGCAUCCGGAGAAGGAGGCAUCAGGAAGAAGCUCGAUGGCUCUUCUUGCAGCAGCUUCGAGACGGCACAGGCGGCACAGGAAGAUCAGCAAGGAACUUACACUUUGCAACUCUCGCAUUGCUUUUGCAUGUUUCUGCACCUGCAAAUUGCCGUUCGCAGCUUUAGCACAACUCUUAGCUUGGACAUGACAGUGCUGAGGCAGUACCGUGAUGCCAACAACGACCACAGUCUUUGUAUACUUGGCUCGGGGGAUGCGGCGCUGGCCCUUGCAUCGGGUAUCUGCAAUUGCUGGACGAUGCAUCUGGCCAUCCUUGUACAGGCCGAUUUUGUCUCCGAAGCCUGCUUACGCCGUGCGAACGGCAGCGACUCUUCCGGAGGAUGGUUUUUGAGCGAGCGGACCUGGACAUGCGUAGAUAGCCGAUGCUCGAUUUGGGUCGCGGUAAAGUUGGCUCCAUGGCAGGAGUACACGGCACUUCCGCAAGAAGAGGUGGCUCUGGAUAGACUUCGUAAUGUUGCCAUCAUUGCGCACGUUGAUCAUGGAAAGACGACUUUGGUCGAUCAGCUCAUGAAGCAGAGUGGGAUGGGCUUGAAAGUCACUGAGCGAAUGAUGGACAGCAAAGACCUCGAGCAGGAGAGAGGGAUCACCAUCCUGUCAAAGGCAACGAGGAUUUCAUGGAAUGGAUAUGUAUUCAACAUCGUGGACACCCCCGGCCAUGCUGACUUUGGCGGAGAGGUGGAGCGAGUUCUCUCCAUGGUGGACGGCGUCGUCCUCCUUGUAGACAUUGUGGAGGGUCCAAAAACCCAGACAAAGUUUGUUCUCCAGAAAGCGCUGAAGCACAAGGACAUGAAGCCACUGGUUGUCAUCAACAAAGUCGAUCGGCCGAUGACGCGAGAGAUGGGUGAAGUGGAGAAUGACAUCUUUGAUGUCUUUGCCAACAUGGCUUCGACAGACGAACAGUUGGAGUACCCAACACUUUAUGCAUCUGGCAAAGCUGGCUUUUGUGCUACAUCUCUGGAAGAAGCACGAUCGGAGAAUCGCCCGACUGACAUGAUGGUCCUGUAUGAAACGAUUCGAGACGUUGUGCCGCCGCCCAAGCCUGGCACAGUGGAUCCAGCCAUCCUGGAAUUUGAUGAAAAGUGCAAAGGAUUCUCCAUGCUGGUGUCCCAACUUGACAGGCUUCCGGCACUGGGGCCUACCGUCACGGGAAAGGUGCACAGCGGUCAGAUCCAUAAGGGCGACAAGAUCAGCUGCAAGAAUUUGGACGGGGAAGUUGUGGGAUCUGGCAAAGUGAGGGAGAUCACGGUGGUGCAGGGUGUGAGCCGGGAGCCUGUGAAGAUGGCCAAGGCCGGUGACAUCGUCUCCGUGAGCGUGACGGGCUUCACUCCACGCUGGACCCAGACCCUGGUGAGCCACACCAAAGUUCCCCCUGUUGAGUGCCAGCCGAUCGACCCUCCGGUCAUCGCUGUGCGUGCCGCCGUGAACGACUCGCCCUUGGCGGGCAAAGAUGGCAAGUACAUCACUCUGAAUGCAAUGGGCGAGCGCCUUGAGAAGGAGGCACUCACGAAUCCCGCCAUCGAAAUCCAGCAAUCUCCCAAUCGCGACUACUUUGAGAUUCGUGGUCGUGGAGAGAUGCAGCUAGGGAUCCUCAUUGAGGAAAUGCGGCGAGAAGGCUAUGAGAUGUCGCUCUCUCCUCCAAGCGUUGUUAAGCAACAGGGUGAAGAUGGCACAGUUAUGGAACCCUGGGAGGAUGUCCAGAUAGAGGUGGACAUGUCCCACGGAAGCUUGGUGAUGGAACGCAUGUCGGGGCGAGGCGCGAAGGUGCUUGACAUGAACACAGUCGGGGAGCGACAGACGAUCAGACUGGAGGCCGCGACGUCUUCACUGCUCGGCCUCCGCAGCUGGCUGAAGGAAGUCACAGGAGGCACAGGAACAGUCGUGUCUGACUUCAAGGAGAUGCGGCCUCAAGGGCCGCCGGCUCCCCGGGACAGGAGUGGUGUCCUUAUUGCCAACACAGCUGGAAUUGCCACCAACGUGGAUCUUGGCAAGGCAGCACGUAUGGGCAAGCUGUUCAUUAACGAAGGCAUGGAGGUGUACCCAGGAAUGAUUUUUGGCGAGAACAACGGCAUGAACGACAUCGACACCAACAUUGCCAGGAAGCAUGAUGGAUAUCAGUCUGCCGCUGGAUUCGCCCCGCCGAUCGAGAAGCGACUGGAGGAGGCCUUGAGUUACAUUGUCGAGGAUGAGAAGCUGGAGGUAACGCCCAAGCGCAUCGUGAUGCGAAAGGCAAUCCUCGACGCCAACGAGCGAAGGAUUGCGGCCAAGGCAGCCGCGAAGGUGAGAUGA